AUGUCCGGAACAACAGAUUUUAAAGGUCUUGUUACAGCUAGUGUCACAGAAUACCCCAGUUUAUCUGAUGAUACAUACACCACACAGCUGUCUAAAGUUCAGCUAGCAGCUAUUGGGGGGCUUGAGGACAUUGGAUUCCUGUCACGACUUGCCUCACGCACAACUAGGUUCCAGCAUCCAGCUGUCCGUCAGUUUAUGGAAGAAGACACCGAUGAACCGACCGAGACUGUGGGAGCCGCCUACAGAGACGCUAUGGAGGCAUUAGAGGCACGCUUAUCCGACGAUGAAAAAAAGCGCAUCGGGCCUUCCUGUGGCCUCAGGGAUGUACUUGGUGUAGUGAAUGAUGCCCGCGGGCUCUACUACAAAUCGAGUAAAAAACGAGACAAAGUCGAAAAAAUGGCAAAAGUGUUGAACUGUUACUCCGGAGCUAUAGAUGCAGCAACCCAGCACCAUCCGGAGUAUACAAGUUUAGUAUGGGGUAGCAUGAAAUUUAUCCUUCAGGUUUCCCUAAACUAUUUCGAGAUUCUCAGCGGACUCUCAACCAUGUUGAUAGAAAUCGGAGACAACCUUGGCCGUUUCGACUUGUACUUACAGAUAUACCCCUCUAAACGGAUGAAAUCAAUAUGUUCAAAGCUCUACGCUGCUAUUGUUGGGUUCUUCAAAGACGCCAUAAUCUUCUUCAAGAAAAGCCGCUUGAGGAGAUACUUUUCGGCAUUUUGGUCACCCUUCGAAAUCAAAUUCAAGGAUGCUGUGGAAGAGAUCAAGCGACUUCAACGACUUGUGGAAACCGACGCAAUUGCAAUGGGACUGAUGCAGCUGCAGCUAGAGAAUACAGCGCUGGCAGAGAGAUCUCUUGCUUUGAACCACCAGGUUCGGAUUAUCAUCGAUUUUAAGAACAAUGAAGCUAGGAUCUUAUUAACGGAUCUCCGGAAAGAAUUGUUUCAUGGACAUGAGAUAGACACAACAUACCACGAGGACUUAGUAAACUUAUAUAGGACAACAUCGACUUCGGAUUGGGAUUAUUGGUUCAAAGAAGAGCGAAAGCACGUUUCCUGGUCACACCGGCCAAAUUCAACUUUAACAUAUAUGCAAACCGAUUUAAUAGAACCUCAAGUAUAUUGCAAGUGGGUUGCUCUUGGCCACUCCCUUGCAGGAAGGGUUCCAUUUGCGCACCUUGUAUGGAGUCCAUCAAUGACAGCUUAUUCCGCGAUAGCCUCGAUCAUCGUUCAGAUUUUACAACAAAGACCCGACCUUUUACAUCGAGAGUCACGCGAUUACUACCACCAAAAGUUUCGGCGCUCUGCAACCUUUGAUGGCCUAUGGGCCGUCUUUCAAGAAGUUCUUUCUGCUCUUCCAGGUUUCCUCUGUUAUAUAACAAUCUCAUCAAUCGGAGAUCAGGAGGCAGCCUUUGCGAAGAGGAUAAUCGAUCUUUUUGAGACCAAGCAUGGAUGCCCCGUCAACCUACAACUAGUUACACCUAUUCAUCCAUCAUUCCCAAAGCCAAAAGGUUUUAUCGACAUCGAUGCUAUGUAUGAUGUAAGCCCAGAGAUGGAUACACCGAAUGCUUUGCAUCAUGUUGUUUUGGCGGAGUUGGGUAUCCCUGAUACGUUGGCUGAGGAUUUUAAAGCCACACUGUGGCAGUCGUUGUGGAGGACUGUUUGCUAUUCUGUCAACGCAAUAGCUUUGAACCAGCUACGAAGUGCCAUAAUAACUACGAUUAAUGAUAAAUGGGGAGAGGGUGUACGAUUGGACUGUUUAUGGACGAGAAACACAGAACAGCAGCUUCAAGCUUACUUACGAUCUUGUCUGGAACAAUUGGAGUUCUCAAUACCACCUGUUGUUAAAACGCAUCUUGAAAAGAAAUUGCAGGACCUGAUUCAGGAGCACAUCUAUCUAAAAGAAGCUUCAAACACCAAUACACGAACUUAUAACCUCCCGACUGAUAUCGACUCGCGAAAGAACAAACCAAACGAUGCACAAUGUCGAGUAGCAACCUGGGGUUCAAUGAAAAAUAUUAUCGAAUGCGCACCCACCCAUCUAUUCAAUUCUUUUCUGAAACGCUACCUACAUUUACCCCCUCAUGAGCAGUUACUUGAUGAUAUAUUUUCGCAGGAUGAGUGGCAUCAAAUUUCUACUCGGGCUGGUAGAAUGUUUAGAGAAGAGAUCGUGGUGGCUAUCGAGCAGGGGCUGUUAAGGACAGUUCAUAUAAUUCUAUACACUGACGACUGUCGAUGUAUUGCAUAG